AACUACUACAAUGGAUAAUAAUGCGAGUAAUUUGUUAAAUUUUAAAAAUACUUGUCGCAUAUGCCUAAAAGCCAAGUCUUGUACAAUAGAUUUAUUUUCUAAACAAGAACAGUCAAAAAAUGUAUUGCACAAAAUAUUUAUAUGUUUUCAGAUUAAACUCGCGCAAAAAAAAUAUUUACCGUCGUUAAUUUGUACAGAAUGUGUAGAAGAACUGAAUGUUACUUGGCAAUUUCGUGAAAAAUGUUUGACGUCCGAAGAAAAGUUUGCAGUACCCACUAAAAAUCUUUUAGAAAGUUGCAUCUUACCAAUAAAUGACAAUUUUUCAGUAAGAGACGGAAAUGUAAACAGAAUCAAAGAGGUUCUAAGAACACAAGAUAGCGCUGAGAGAAUAGAUUUAGACAAAGAGAGUGAUAAAUCUGAAUCUGCAUUAUCCAUUACUGGUAAAAUAACAAAGAUUGAGCUAAACUGCACCAGUUGUAAUAAAACUCUUAAAUCUGAAGCAUCAUUAAUGAGGCAUCAAAUUUCUAUGCAUCAAAAAAGGAAACAUUUAGGUAAAGUGACAGGGUUUGGGUCUACUCGUCGAUAUCACUGUACAAAAUGUCCAUAUGCUACCCCCCACAGUCAGACUUUAAUUAAUCAUAUGAGAAGGCAUAAUGGAGAACGUCCAUAUCAUUGUGACUGUGGAAAAAGUUUUACUCAAUCUUCUAGUCUAGCUGCACAUCGCAAGACUCACAGUACAAUCACAUAUUACACCUGUUCAGUAUGUGGUAAGCAAUUCAAACAUGCAUUUAGUUUGAAGACACACUUACAUGUCCAUGAAAUUGGUAAAUUUCCUUGUAGCAUCUGUAAAAAAUUGCUUAAAUCAAAACCAUCAUAUCAAGCACACAUGCAAAGACAUAAUAACAUACACAAUUAUAGUUGUGAAGACUGUGGAAGAACAUUUGUAACAUGUUCAGAAUUAAUAAAUCAUAAGAAAAAGCAUAAUGUAGUGAAAAAAAUUGAGUGUCAACUGUGUGGAUAUAAAACACAUGCAAAGAAAAAUUUAAAUAUUCAUCUAAAACGGUAAUUUUUUUAUAUUUAAUAAAUACUUCUAAAACUUAAUCAUGAUGAUUUAGAUAUACUUUUUUAUUUGCGUAGCAGAGCCGUGCUGCAGCUUCAUUAGUAGUAUAGUUUUAACACAAAUGAGUCGGUUUGAAUGGGGGAAGGACCACACCCACAUAAAAUAUUAAUGUAAAAUAUCAGCUUAAUGCUGCUGUGUUUCGUAUGUUGAGUGUAAAGAACCGGAGACCCUUUUUUCUGGAAACAAAGCAUUCCAUCUUAGUUCUCAAGGGGGACAACGUGACUGCAUUUUGAUUAAUAAUCAAGGAUAUAUUUAGAUGUCUAUGGGCCACAGUAACCAGUUUCCACCAGGUGGACUGUGUGCUCAUCUGUCACACUUAUCCUAUAAAAAAAAAAUACAAUUUAUGCUUUCUUGUAUUUACAUGAAUAGACCUAUAAUAAAACUAAUUUUAUGGAUUUUAUUGUGGUUAAUUAAAAUAAGUGUGUAAUUAAUUAAAAUAACCUUUGUGCUGAGGAUGUGUGCUCCAGAGUUGGCACCGGUCCUAACACAUUUUUUCCGGUACUCCUACUCCGAAGGCGUAGUCCCAAAUUCAUGGAAGACAGCUUUUGUCCACCCGAUCCCUAAAAAAGGCGACCGCUCAGAUCCAUCCAACUACAGGCCUAUCGCCAUCACCUCCUUGUUCUCCAAAAUAAUGGAAUCCAUUAUUAACUGCCAGCUCAUGCGGCACCAGUUGAUUAGUGACCGCCAAUACGGUUUUCGUCGGGGUCGAUCAGCUGGUGAUCUUCUGGUCUACCUGACCCAUAGAUGGGCGGAGGCAGUAGAGUCCAAGGGGGAGGCGUUGGCCGUUAGUUUGGACAUUGCGAAGGCCUUCGAUCUGGUUUGGCACAAAGAGCUUCUUUUAAAGCUACCUUCCUAUGGGCUUCCCGAGAAAUUUAGCAAUUGGAUCUUCCUUGCAGAUCGCAGCAUCAAGGUCGUUGUAGACAGUGCAUGCUCCGACUACAAAUCUAUCAACGCUGGUAUUCCACAAGACUGUAUGCUAUCACCAACGCUGUUUCUUCUGCAUAUCAAUGAUAUGUUGCUAACUGGUAACAUUCAUUGCUAUGCGGAUGACAGCACUGGUGAUGCUCUAUACACCAGCCGUGCCAAUAUUUCUCGGGAAAACGUCGCCGAGUACUGGGACAAACUUGUGUCUGAAGUCGAGUCUUUGCUGAACAAAGUCUCGGAUUGGGGGCGACUAAAUCUAGUCCAGUUCAAUUCCCAGAAGACACAAAUUUGCGCGAUUACCGCUAAAAAGAACCCCUUUGUCCUAUCUCCUCAGUUUCAAGGCACUCCCCUUGCUGCCUCAGCUAGCAUCAGAAUCCUCGGCGUCGACAUAUCGAAUAGUUUGCAGUUUCGUGGUCACUUGGAAGAGAAGGCCAAAUUGGCCUCUAAAAAGCUUGGCGUGCUCAGCUAAGCCGGACAGUAUUUCAUGCCUGCAAAUUUACAAGACGCAGGUUCGGCCUCACAUUGAAUACUGUUCCCAUCUCUGGGCUGGGGCUCCUCAGUGCCAGCUCCUUCCACUUGACCGCAUCCAGCACAGAGCGGCUCGAAUCGUCGACGACUGAGUCUUUCCGAUCGGCUCGAUUCAUUGGCACUGUGAAGAGAUGUUGCAUCCCUUUGCAUUUUCUUUCGCAUUUACCACAGGGAGUACUCUGAGGAAUUGUUCAGAUUAAUCACAGCCGCCAAAUUUUACGAACACACAUCGUGGUAGUGCGUGGCGUGCAUCUGGAUGUUUAGCGGUCCACCAUUGUGCAAUUUAGAAGAUGUUUUCUUCUUCGCACGACUUCCUUGUGGUAUUGAUUACCAUCAGUGAUUUUUCUGGACCGAUACGACUUAGGGACCUUCAAGAAAAGAGACUACUCCUCUUAAAAGGCCGGCAACGCAUCUGCAAUUCCCCUGGUGUUGCAGUUGUUCAUGGGCGGCGGUAGUCACCUGCCAUCAGAUGCUUGCUCGUUUGCCCCCUC